UCAUAAGCAUCAGGCGAAUGUACUUGUAGAUGGUGCGGGGAAUCCACGUCUCACAGAUUUCGGUCUCGCAACAGUCGUAGGGGACCCAGAGUUACAGUUGGGUACGACAACUGCGGCGCGUGAAUUCAAUGUUCGAUGGCGUGCUCCUGAAGUCAUUGGAGUAGAUCGGAAGGGUCGGCCUGUACGGCCGAAUUUCAAGAGUGAUAUAUAUUCUUUGGUGGUGUCAUGCUCUUUAUCGUCUCGGGGGAUAUACCAUGGAAAGAGAAGGCACAUCCACAGAUCAUCAUUGAGCUAUCGAAAAGAGCGACUCCUGCUCGUCCCGAUAACAUUUCUGAUGAUCACUGGAACUUGAUUCAAAAAUGUUGGUCUUGGAACUCAGCGGACCGCCUGGAGGCAGCGGAAGUCAUUGGAUGCCUUGCAACGAAAAUCACCAGGCCUAAAACUAUCGUACUAUUUGGGGACACGGGAGCAGGCAAAAGCUCACUCGUCAACCUCAUGGCGGACAAAGAGGUAGCGUGCACAUCUUCCGACAUGCGACGCUGUACUAUGCAGUGGAAAGACUAUGCCAUCGAUUUCGGUGGCGACUCGUAUACGGUUUUCGAUACCAUUGGACUACAUGAACCGCAGCUGGGAAUCAAAGAGUACCUGAAGUCUGUCGAGAAUGUCUAUCGACUUAUCAAGGAAUUGGAUGGAAGAGGCGGCAUCGAUCUGCUUCUAUUUUGCGUUCGCGCUGGCAGAGUUACUGCUACGCUUCAGAGCAACUACCGGCUCUUUCACGAAUUCCUCUGCGAGAAGAAAGUCCCGAUUGUUCUUGCGAUCACGAACCUCGAAAGAGAGCAGAGGAUGGAGACCUGGUGGGAGAGAAACCAAAGCACCUUCGACAAAUACCAGAUUCAGGUCGCCGGUCAUGCGUGUGUCACCGCCGCCAAUAAAUUGGACGGCAGACACUGACACCUUUAUGAAGAAUCGCGCAUCACGAUCCGCAAUCUUGUUCAGCAAUUUACCGCUGACGGGCAGAAGCAAGCAUGGAUAGGAGGGAACAACCUGUUCGUGUCGUUGAUGCGUAAGCUAAGGGAUUUAGUUCCAGAGGGUCAGAAUGCGAGAAAGAAGGAUCUUGUCCCUCAUCUCACGAAGCGUUGUGGUGUAUCUCCAGACGUCGCAAAACAGUUGGCUGAUAUGAUCAGGCAAGAUGUAUAUUGAUGACUU